CUUCGUGUCUCAGUAAGUACGGCUCUCCACUACAGUGAGCGCUGGAGCAGGAACACUUGCACGCAGCACCUGUACUCGGUGGCUCAGUGAUCGUGUACUCCUACUCCAUUACUACGGCUGCUAGCUGUGCCUCAGGCUGCAGUGAUUUGUUGAUUCUUUCGUGCCAAUUAAUUCUCUCAACUCCCUAGCUACUUCCUGGCUUGGUUAUAAAUAUCAACUACAGCCUGCAGGGCCAUCAUCUGCAUAUCGCUCAUUCGCUCCUCGCAUUUGCCUUGGUCACUGUGAUCCUCAGUUUUCUCAUUGGUCAGUUUUCCAUGGAGAGGCUCCUUACCGGUUUGCUUGGCUUCCUGUUGGUUACGUCAGUAGGAAGCCAUGCAGCUCGUGCUCCGGAGCAAUACUGGAAGUCUGCUCUUCCCAACACGCCCAUGCCAAGCUCCCUCUCCCAACUCCUCAACACUCCAGCCGGCGGCACGACCGUGAACGUCGGCUGGGGCGGUGUCCAUGUCGACGCGGGGCAUGGCAAGCCUGGGGGCACGACCGUUGACGUAGGCAAGGGUGGCGUCGGAGUCAACGUUAACCCUGGCAGCGGCAAGCCGGGCGGCACCACGGUCGGCGUCGGGAAGGGUGGAGUCGGCGUCAAUGUCAAGCCUGGAUACGGCAAGCCCGGCGGCACGACCGUCGGCGUCGGCAAAGGCGGCGUGGGCGUCAACGUCAACCCAGGUAGCGGGAAGCCCGGCGGCACGACCGUCGGCGUCGGCAAAGGCAGCGUGGGCGUCAACGUCAACCCAGGUAGCAGGAAGCCCGGCGGCACCACGGUCGGCGUCGGCAAAGGCGGCGUGGGCGUCAACGUCAACCCAGGUAGCGGGAAGCCCGGCGGCACCACGGUCGGCGUUGGCAAAGGCGGCGUGGGCGUCAACGUGAACCCUGGCUACGGCAAGCCGGGUGGAACUGGCACCACGGUUGGGGUCGGCAAAGGUGGCGUGGGCGUCAACGUCCAGCCUGGCUACGGCAAGCCCGGCGGCACCACGGUCGGCGUAGGGAAGGGCGGGGUUGGCGUCCAUGUGAAUCCGCGUAACAACGUCCCCACCGGCCCUUUCGGAUACUCGUACGCCGCAACGGAGACGCAGCUGCACGACGACCCCAAUGUGGCGCUCUUCUUCCAGGAGAAGGACCUCCACCCCGGCAAGAAGAUGAUCCUCCAGUUCACCAACACCACGGCCGGCGCGAAGUUCCUCCCACGAAGCGAGGCCGAGACCAUCCCGUUCUCGUCCGAGAAGGCCUCCGAGAUCCUCGGCCAUUUCUCGGUGAAUCCGGACUCCGUCGAGGCGGCGGAGAUGACGCAGACGCUGCACGACUGCGAGACGCCGGCCGCGAAGGGCGAGAAGAAGGCCUGCGCCACGUCUCUCGAGUCCAUGGUCGACUUCGCCACGUCCAGCCUCGCGACCAGCCACGUCCGGGCCGUCUCGACUGUCGUCGCGAAGGAGGGCUCGCCGAGGCAGGAGUACACCAUGACCGGGGUGAAGCGCGCGGCCGGCACCGACGGCCGGCUCGUCGCCUGCCACGCGGAGCCGUACGCGUACGCCGUGUUCGCGUGCCACCUGACGCAGCAGACGAGGGCGUACUCGGUGUCGAUGCUCGGCAAGGACGGGACGGCCGUGGAGGCCGUCGCGGUGUGCCACGCUGACACGUCCGGGUGGAACCCGAAGCACGUCGCAUUCCAGGUGCUCAAGGUGAAGCCCGGCACGGUUCCGGUCUGCCACUUCCUGCCGCAGGACCACGUCGUAUGGACCCGCAGCGGCUGAGAGGCUUGAUGGCCUGCGUUUGCUCGCGUCGCUAUGCACGCUCUGCCGCCUGAUGAUCGCAUGACGUUCUAGUAGCCUCCAGGUAGUACUGUCAUAUGGUUUCAUAAGUAUUUGCUCACGUUUUUAGUACUUGUUGCUCGUAUUUGGAUGGUGUUGCCAGCCAGUAUCGAUCGCGCGCUGGGUCCUACCCAGUGGGCUGUUUGUUGUAUAGUACUACUAAAUAAACAGACAUCUCUUCAUGACUUUA